GUUUUUUUUUUCUUAUCAGUUAUCAUCAGUUUCGUUUCAAAUCAAAUUUUGAACUUUGAAGUUGUAGAAGUCGCUCCAAGUCCACUCUCUCACGGUUUUCUUGGAUUUUCAUUCGAGAAAAGCUCCGUACUUCGAAUAAUUUUACCUAACACUUGAGAGACUUCGAAACAAGUGAAACAUGGGUUUACUAACUGUCCUUAAAAAAAUGAAGAAAAAAGAAAAGGAGAUGAGAUUACUUCUGCUAGGACUGGAUAAUGCUGGAAAAACUACAAUAUUGAAGCGUUUUAACGGAGAAGACAUCCAUUCAAUAUCUCCCACUCUUGGUUUCAACAUUAAAACGCUAGAUCAUGAUAAUUUUAAGCUGAAUAUUUGGGAUGUUGGCGGUCAAAAAUCAUUAAGAUCAUACUGGAAAAAUUAUUUCGAAUGCACCGAUGGUGUUAUAUGGGUUGUUGAUAGCGCUGAUAAGAGGCGAUUAGAAGAUUGCGCAGAAGAAUUACAUUCCUUGUUACAAGAAGAGCAACUCGCGGGAGCCACUUUAUUGGUGUUCGCUAAUAAACAAGAUUUACCUGGAGCUCUAUCUCCAGAAGAAAUUAAACAAGUAUUAGAUUUAGACAAUAUUAAAACGCAUCACUGGCGUAUUAUUAAAUGCAGUGCCAUCACGGGUGAAAAUUUAUUGACAGGAAUCGAUUGGCUUAUUAAAGAUAUCGGAGCACGAAUUUUUACCAUGGAUUAAUUAAGGUUUAAUUUAUUAACACUUACCGUUUGUAAAAUUUGCAGUAUUUUUUCAUGUUUUUUAUAUUGUAAUUUUUUUGAUAAUAAAUUUAAUGUUGAACUAAU